UCUAGGUGUUGAGGCGGAGGAGCGAAGCAACUGGAGCGCUUCGUCUUAGCUCAUCCGUCGCUAUUCAUCUUAGCAGGUUCGAACUUCGCCGACCGCCUCUUUAGCCGCAGAUUCUUCCCCUCUAACGCGCUUCGUCUCUGUGUAGAGACGGACGAAGCAACAUAAGCGAUUCGGCUUUGUCGAUCCGACCGACGGGCGUUAAUCGUUUUGCAAGCUUCAACUCAACUGAUCGAACUUUCCAUUUUUCCUUUGGAACUACGAUCUCGUUGUUCUUUAACCGCCGGACACCCUCUAACGCGCUUUGUCUUUUUGGUGAGACAAAACGAGGCAACAGGAACAGUUCAUCUUUCCUCAUCCGUCGCUAUUCGUCUCGCAAGUUCCAACUCAAUUGAUCAAUUCUGAUUUUAUCUUAUCUAACUUCCCAAGUUUCCCGUAAUUCCUUAAAAUUAGAACUCAGAUUUCGGUGUUAUUUAUUCUCUUUUUUCUUUUUUUCUUUUUUGAGACUCAGUAGGUUAGGAUUCUUAUCUGAAGGAAUCUUGUUAGAGCCUCAAGGGCAUGUAAUUUUAUUUCCGAGUACUUUCUGACGGUGGGUAGCGUUGGUUAAAGAAUUAUUCAUUUUAGUUUUUGAUUUCUUGAAUGCACACAAAACACAGAGAGAGAGAGAGAGAGAGAGAGAGAGAGAGAGAGAGAGAGAGUCUUAAGACUAUAUUUUCUUUUUAAUUGAGAGGUGAUUAACUUUUUCUCAUUAACUCAUCUUUGCUUACUAUGUCUGAAUUUAACUAUUUUCCUAGGUAAUGCAUAUUUCUGUUCUUGAACUAUCCAGGUGGGGUGCUGUUAGCUAGCAGCUGAAAAAUUGUCUGACCGAUUAAAAAUCUGAACUUGAGAUUUUGUAUGCAAAUUCCAUUCUUAAAAAUUAGUGGUUUCAUUUUUGUAUUUUUUUGCUUUUCUUUUCUUUUAUCUGUUGCAUCCGGUAUUGAUCCCAAAUGGACACGGUCCAUGGAUUCCACAUGCUUCUCGUUAAUGAACUUUGAGGUUUACUUGCUUGCUGAAAUUAAAAGAAAAUAUUUUCCCAGUUUUACAAUACUCUUCUUCUUCUAUCAUCAUUAUUAUUAUUAUUAUUAUUAUUUUCUGAAUCGUAAUUGGCAACUUGCUACUUGGUAUUUGACUACCCAUCUAAUUAGUUAUUUUCUUUGCCAGAUUGACGAACCUUUCUUUUGCAAUCUAAACUCCGAGAUUUUGGUCGGAAUUUUGUUUCCCAUCCUUUUGGAUUGUCUUACAAUGUCUUCUCCAGCAGUUGCCUCUCUCGGAUAUUUAAAAUCAAAUUGUACUGAUGAGGAGCUCUUUCUAUCUUUCGAGAAAAUGAUCUCUGGAUCCCAGUUCCCAAGCAAUGUGAUAACAGAUGUAAAUCCUUUCCUGUACAUGCCCUCAAAUCUACCUGAUGGAAUUUGGUUUUUCAUCUGCUCUGAGGAGAUCAAAGAUAACAAAGUUGGGUUCUGGAAGACCAAAGGGAAUGCUUGUGAAAUUUUCUCAAACUCUGUCAUUACUGGUUUGAGAACUACUCUCGAAUUUUAUGAAGGCCAAGCUCCUCAUGGGUGUAAAACUGAUUGGGUGAUGCAUAAGCACAGGAUAUUGCAGAGAGAACCAUGUGAAGGCAGCAAGGCAAAGGAAGCAAACUUCUUAUGCAGAGUCUUCCUUGGUGGUGAGCAAAGCCAAAACCAUGAAAUGGAACAGAAACUGGCUAGCAGUGGUAUUCAAAGUGAGAAUUAUGUUCACCCUGCUAAAUCAGUUGCUGCUGAAAGUAGUAUUGGACAAAGUUCCACAAGCAAGCCUCAGGUAAUUGAGGAUGACAGCACGAGCAGAUUGGCUUUGGCAGAGAGAUUUCCAGAGCCUUGGCUAGAAAAUCUGCCUGAAGUAGAUUACCUUUCUGGAGGUGAUUACAUGGAGUUAUUGGAUCUUGAUAAUCCAGCAUCGCCUUCUUCAAGUUCAGAAAAUUCCAGUUGCGUGACCAUGUCAUCAGAUGGAUGUUUUGAUGCAUUGGCUUUGUUGCAAGACCUAGAGUGUGGAGAUAGCCAGAAGGAUGUAGAUUUGAAAUUCGCUGUCUCUUCAUCACUCAGACCAGAAGAGGGCGUCAUGUUUCCACCCACUUCAGGAUCUCUUGUUACUGGUGGAAGAAACAUGUUGGCACCUGAAGAAAUCCUCAAUACUGAUUGUUUUAUUCCAAAAUCAGCUGCAUGCGGUCAAGUCAUAGAUAACAGUUUCAAUCGUGCCAUAAAAAAUCCGAAGACAAAUUUUGGGAAUGAAGGCCCAUCAUCAAAUUCUCGCAAUGUGACCGCAUCACUCAAUAGCCAUAUAGAAGCUCCAGAUGGGGAAAACAGGGCUGCUGUUGACAGAAAGAAAAAUUUUAUGAAGUAUCUGUGCUUUAUGGCAUUCUAGAUCUUCCUAGAGGUAAUACAGAUAGCAUUCGUGUAUAACCCAUUUCAGUAGGAAGUAAAUGGAUUGGAUCGAGAUUCCCUCAAGUUCUGGCCUCAAGUCACAGAGAGAACUUGAGGGAAUCUUUUUCCGAAGUGAAUUUAUGCAUUUUUUAGCAGUAUGGUCCAACAUCAGCAAGGUCAUUGGUCAUGAAGUCUAUUCUAGCAAGGUUGUGGCAACUAUGUAUACCAGAUUAGCUAAUAAGAGCAAAGGUACACAGAUUUAGGUGUCAUUUUAUAUUGAGGCAGGAAUUGGAGACUAAUUUUAAGGAAAACCAAAGGUAGGAAACUGAUUUUCUUAUCUUAUAUAUUCUAGGAGAAGAAUGGAGCUCUUUCUGCCGUUUCUUGUUGUAAGCUACUUGUAUUUCUUACGAACUUGUGUUUUUUAUUUGUUCUUCUUUUUGGUGAGUGCUUUUGUAGUACUUGAUUAUUGCUCUAUAAAGCAGUAGAUUAAAAUUUGUUGUGCAUCC